GUUCUUCUGGGAUACUUCACCGCCUUGGUUCCGGUUUUCCUCCAUCCAUCAGGCGUCGUUCAAUGGCACUUCGAAUUUACCGAAAAUGAGAUUCUUCGACCGUUAGAUCUGAAAUCAACACAAGUGAACAUUAUGCUCGGAGUUAAGGGCGCACGUUUGAACAAACAGGAUAGCGGCUUGCGUCAUUGUUCUACAGUAUUGCGUCCGAAAGGCAUCGAGGCAACAGCCGCGUUCGGACUUACAGGAGGACCUGUGCAAGCCAUAGCUCAGGCUACCAGGACUCACGAGUACCAAGUGACUCUACAAAGAUUCAAACCCUCGACAGCAUAUGGCUCUGGGUUAUGAUUUUCAGAAUCACACUGGUUGGCUGGUACCCCAAAUUAGUCUCCUGUUACACCUCUGUCAUGCCUACUUCGCACGACUCAGCAAUCUAAGGGCACAAGCAGAUCCCAUACCAUGCGCUAGGCCCUCAACCGAUGUCGCCCUCAACAGCAAUCUCCAAGUCACCCGCGAUACAAAACAGGCUCCUAAGAAGAAGCACGGGCUGACUAAAGAAAUACACUUUUCGGAACUGCAGGAUCAGAUCCUUGAGCCAGGUGACGGCAGCGCCCUCAGAGUUUUGGCUCCGUCAGAUUGUCCUUCGAUCAAAGCAUGGUCGGAAAUCACGCAGAAAGUUGACGGCCUGCUUGUGUGUAGAAAUCUCGACCAGGCAAUUAAAUUAGCCGGACCGUGUUGCUACCCGCGCACAACGACCACUCCUAGUCCGCAACCCAGCAACGGACAGCCCAUUCCAGCUCCGUCAUCUAUGCAGACUUUCUGCUCGUCCUGCGUCAGGGUGCCGGAGGGACAAGGUUAUCUGGUCGCUCACACUUGGUGUCUGCAGAAUGUGCUCGGACGAACAAGCCCAGUACCUGGCAAGGAUAUGGCCACAUGGAUCCGAAAUGGUAAGCCCUUCGACCCGAUUCUGCAUGAUGCUAACGAGUCUAUAUGGGCGCAUCCGGAGAAAGUGCUACAGUAAUUUGACAAGCCCGGACAAGAUUCCGCGGGCAAGGGUGUCGUGGUUGAUACGGUCGGUUGAGCGGUCGUGUUUGGAUAGUAUGGAGAACUCUCUUUGAAAGAGUGGCUGA